AUGCCAACAAGAGAGCUUAAUCCGGCUCUCUCACCGCUUCAGCGGCAAACCGCCUCGAAGGAUUACCCGGUGGUUCCAAAGGUGUGCGUCGUCACAGGGGGCACGGGGUUUGUGGGAAUGCGGUUGGUGGAGAUGCUGGUGGAGCGGGGGGCAGAGCGUGUGGUUUGCUUUGACAUCGUCCCGGUAGAGAAAACCGUCGGUGCGUGGCGGCAUCCUUCCAUCCACUACGUUGCCGGCGACAUUACAAACUAUGAGGACGUGUCAAAGGCCAUCAAGGGAGCCGACUGCGUCUGGCAUUUGGCGGCAGCGGUGGGGCCCUUUCAUCCGCGCGAAUUGUACUACAAAGUGAACUACGGGGGAACGAUGAAUGUCAUUCGUGCGUGUAAAGAGUGGGGUGUUCAUAAGCUGGUGAUGAGCAGCUCCCCCUCGACACGCUUCAAGGGAAGUCUGUUUCACCGUCCAUGCGUGGAUGGCUUGACAGAGGACGAAAUGCCAAAACUGCCUUUGGACGCAUAUAUGCAAAUGUAUGCGGAGACGAAGGCCAAGGCGGAAAUGGCUGUGACAGCGGCCUGCUGCGACGAUCUUUUUGUGGUGAGUGUGGCGCCCCAUCAAGUGUAUGGGCCGCGUGACAACUUGUUUUUACCAAACAUGCUGGAGGCAGCCGGAACGGGCAAGUUGCGUAUUUUUGGCUCAGGGAAAAAUCGCAUCUGUUUCACGCACGUUGAUAACUACGCACAUGGUCUGAUCAUCGCGGAACGUCAACUCUUUGAAGGCUCACCCGUAUUAGGCAAAUUUUACAUUGUGACGGACGGCAACACCCACCCCGAGCCUGACGCCUACUGUGUUUUCUGGAAGGAGCUUGACAAGGCCGUGGUGGCCAUGGGGUUUCAGUCCAUUGAGGAGAAGGCGCACUAUAACUUUUGGUUCCUCUACGUGGUGGCUCUGAUUGCCGAGGCGCUGGGGUGGAUGCUGGGCCGCGUCUUUAAAUUGAACGUGUUUAACGUUUUUGUAUUGACGAUGCACCGCUGGUUUCGAAUCACAGCGGCGGAGCAGGAGCUGAAGUAUCAGCCGAUUAUCCCGUUUGUCGAGGGCUGGGCAGACACCAUUCUCUGGUUUAAGCUCCACUGGCUUCCUACUUUUGAGCAGUGGGAUCGAUCAUGGUUUGGCCUCGCCAGACGUUCACAGCAGAAAAUUGACAUUCAAGCAAAAAAGACAACGUGA